UCUGCAAAGUUACGAAAAUGAAUGAACUAUGAAUUAGUAACAAAUGACUCAUACCUACAUGAAAUUUAUUAUAAUAAUAAAAUGAAUUUCCUGCUAAAUUAAAAUUGAAUAAAAUCAAGACCAAUACAAAUAAAAAAUUAAUCUAAAAAGAAUUAAAUUACACCGAAAUGGAUCCUCAAAAAAUUACGGAACUGGCUAAUUUAUUACGAAACAGUGGUGAUAAAGUCCUUAAUUCGGAAUUUAAACUAACUCUUACUGGUUCUUUACUUCGGGCCUUGAAUGACUCCUUUACUCUUAUUGCUGAUUCAACGGAACUUGCCACAAAACAAUCUUUCCAGGUAGUCAAACCCAAUAACUCAAAAUCUAAUGUCUUCCGUGACUUACAAUUAGUUCACGAUUUUGUUCAAAAAACAAUUCAUCUAUGCAUCACUCAUUAUCCGGGGGAUGAUUACUUCGAUGGCGUGAUUGACCUGUCCAAAUUCCGAUCGCUUAAAAGACUGGAAGUACAAAGAACAAAUAUAAAACAAAUUGUUGGCAUUCAACCUUUACGUUCUCAACUACAACAAUUGGUUUGUGUGCGUAGCCUUCAAUCAGUUGUAGAAAUAAUUACUCAUUGCGGUGGCGAUAGAUCAAACGGAUUUGUAUGGAAUGAACUUAAAACUGCAGACUUCAGUUACAAUAACUUAAAUACAAUUGAUAGCUCUUUAGAGUUUGCACAGUACCUUCAGCAUUUGAAUCUUCGCCACAAUCAAUUAGUAAGUGUCGAAGCUAUCAAAUGGUUACCAAAUCUAAAGACUCUCGAUCUUAGUUAUAAUCGAUUGACGAUGGUACCUAACUUUCAUGUAGAAACUACAAAAAGAUUGCAAUGCCUGAAUCUAAGUAAUAAUUUUUUAGAAGAUCUAAUUGGUGUGUCAAAGCUUGAUUUAUUGACAGAGCUAGAUCUAUCCAAUAAUUGUUUGUUGGAUCAUAACGCAUUGUAUCCACUUAGUGCAUUGGUGACUCUAAAAUACCUUAAUUUGUAUGGAAAUCCAUUAUAUUAUCACCCGAAGCAUCGUUUAGCCACAGCGCAGUUCUUACACAAAGAUACGUGCACUGUUAAGUUUAUUCUUAAUUGUGAAUCGCUAACAAAGAGUGAGAAAGUAUUGACGGGGACGCAUCAGCAUAACAAUCAUUGUGGAUAUGUCGUCAAAUAUAUGGCAAACUCAAACAGCCGCCCCACUCCUUGUAAGGACCCAUCGUUGAAUCAAACACCAGCCUCAAGUGAAGGUUCGAAGAAAAAUUACAAAUCUUUUGCAAUUGCUGACGAUGAAGGAGUUGGCAUGACAUCAUCAAUCACAGAAAAAUCCAAACGUGUCAAAGUGCGACAGGUUGUAAUUGAAUGUCCUGAACAAAUAAACAACGGUACAGUUGCAUUGACAGAAUCUGAAAACACCACAACAAAUUUGAAAAUCAAUAAAGAUCAUUUAGAGACAAAGAAGCAAUUUAAUAUUUUACGAAAUAAAUACGGAGCUGGAUGGCUUCAAAACGAAAAUGCUCAUAUAGUAGAUAACGUGCUGGGACUGAGUCCAUCAAAUACAACAACAGUCAAUUCUGAUACAAAAAUUACACCACAUCAGAUUUUGUAUGAUUAUUUAGGUGAAAUAAGUUCUACUGACUUGAACGUCAACACUAAUGCGAUUGUAAAGAAAACAACGUAUGUUAACCUAUUAGAGGAAAUAAGUUCAGACUCAUUAUCGAAAAAUGCGGAUGUAUCUGAGUAUAUUUCAGCUUUUUCAAACAUUUCGAAUGAUGUUGAAAACAAGAAACCCGUGUAUUUAACUGAUGAAGAACAGGAGGUAGCGGAACCAUUGGAUAUCGCUCCUCAUUUGGAAAACAUCUACUACGUCAAUACUGUUGAUGAACUUGAACUUUCGGAUCCGGAAACAGACGAGGAAACUUUUAUUGUGUACACCUUGGAAAAAAAAGAACCUAUAUUGCUGACCGUUUCACCUAACUGUAUUCGAGAAAAGGAUGCUUCAAAUCACAAGAGUAUUAUGACGAAAGCAAAAUGGAGUUUAAAAAUCUUAGAAAGUUGUGACCGAAUUAAGUCAAAUAUGUUGCGUAUAAAUUUUGAUACAGUUAAAAUGGACAAAAAAGAACGAGUUUAUACUAUUGAAGAGCAAUCAUGCCAGGAACUUGAAAAAAAACUGCGAGCAAUCUUAUCAAAGCGAAAUCUCUUUGAGAUGAACCAGAAAGUCUACAGAUGCAUAAACUGUAAUUGUCAAUUUUCGAAAGAAAACUCACUAAAUAAUCAUCGGAAGCAAGGUGUGUUCUGUCCCGAUUGCAAGAGUACAUUUGUUACUGAAAUUCACAACUUACCUCCAUCGCUAAAUAAGACUUCGACUACAACUCCAAAAUUUGUCCAAGAAAUAGCUGUUGAAGUUAUCAAUAUGGAAAUUAAAAAAAAAGAGUCGCCAAUGUUCUCGAUAUCAUCAACACAUGAAGAGAAACGUGAUUCAAUGGGCGAACCUGAUAACAGUAUGCACGGAAGCGAUGCUAGAGGACCAUCAAGGCUUACUGCUAAUAACAAAUUCAGUAGGAGUUUGAUGCAAUCCUUACAACAAAGUUCCAUAAAUUCGUUGAAUGAAUCAUCAUCAUGUUCAAAAAUUUCUCACUCCCAGGGAUCUUUUGACUCUAAUCAGAGUGUUGUUGGCAGCUCAGCUGCGGACCGUGAAAAUGAUUUUAAAUCAAAUUGCGAAAGUGAUGUGGACAUUAUUAGUAAUCCUAGUCAAAGUAGCAUUGAAGUGAUCGAUCAUAUACAUACGAGUCGAAAAAAUUCCGAAGAUCGAAGAAUUAGUCAGUCUUCAAAUUUGGAAAUAAUCACCGAUUGUUUUAACUAUUCUGAAUGUCAAGAAGAUGCAAAAUUUUUACAGAGUGAUAAAAAUAAAAUUGUUGAAGAAACAAAAAAUAAAAUACCUUCGGAACAAAUUCUCUUAACUGAAAGCAGUUCAUCGGGGUCAGUAACAGAUAGUGUAUGCACAACGUACGAUCAAAGGAAUCUUACACCAGCUAAAGUUCUAUUAGAUGAACGAAAAAACGUGCCCAAAAUUCAAUUGCCAGUGGAAGAAACAAUUAAAAAAGAAGAAUCAAAAUUUUCUACAAUGUUCGGAGGUCUUCUCCAAUCAACAAAUAUGCUCAUGUCUCGGACCACACAACGCUUUGUCGAAUCUGAACUUUCAUCCUUACAAUGUGAGAAAUACAACUUUAACUACACAGACUUCAGUGAUGUUGACCAUCGACUCAAAUUUUAUUUCUAUCAAAUGAAAUUUGAAGAACAAUCAGAGCAUUUUAAAUGGAUUGUUAAAGGAAAACUAUACAAUGAAAACACUGGAACAAUAAUAGAUGGUAUUGUUGUUAUGUCAACCCUUAAAUGCUAUGUUAUGGAGGAGUUUGGACCAGAAAACGAUAAUGUAAGUAAAUGGCUGCGUCCAGUCGUGAGUGUAACCGCAGAUCGACUGGAAUCGAUACGACUGUUACCAUGGAAAGUGGGUAUUUCUUUUGCAUUGCGUGAUUGGGGCAAUUUUUUGCUAUUGCUGCAGGACAUUUUAAGAACGGAUAGUCUACUGUUUUAUUUUACAACAAACGCUCUCCCUGAUCAAUGCAAAUUGGACUAUACUAUAUCAGAAAAGGUUCUAAAUCGCCUAGCCAACACUGUGGAAAAUGAAAAACUUAACAUGUUUUCUCUGCUGAAUAGCUGUGAGGUGAAUUUACAUGACAAAGUUGAAACGUUUAUCAUGCCUGGUCUUUUUACCACUAACUCUCGACUCUUCCUUUCUGCAACAAAUCCCUCUUGGCUCACUCCGACUACCGAUGUUGCUAUUGAAGUUGGCCUUACCCAAUUCAUGAGCAAUUUGGUUGAAGUGGAACGUCCUGAAGAGAAUAUUUUUUCUUUACAUUUUCAUGAUGAAACAAAAAACAUAACAGAAUUGUGGAAGUGUAGAUUUGAAACUAAAGAAAAUGCUGAAAGUUGCCUCAAUGCCAUUGGGCAAUCAUGGGAAAAAUUAUUUGGUGUGUCUUUAUUUAAUAAUUAGUACAUACAAAAAUUAAUGAACACAAAUAUAAAAAUUUAUAUGCCAUACUUUAUGUGGUACUAACAUGUCGAUAUUAGGAUUUAUAUGUAUAAACAUAAAAUUUUUAAGACUAAUUAAUAAAUGUAUGCAAAGUUAAUAAAAUAUCUUAGGUGGUAAAAAGUAGCACCAUUAGAAAUAAUAAAAUUUAAUAAAUAUUUUUUUUUUCUUUAAUUUGUUUAAGCCCA